AUGUCGAAGGGCACGCUGGGUGCAGAGGUCCAGUGGUUGCUGCAAUUGGCCGGCACCGCAGCAGUCAUCGAGACGAUUUUUGAUUGCCUUUCCGAUCCCAGGACUACACAAGAUCUAGUGGUGAAUACAGAGGCCACGAAACUCACAGAUGGUCAAGGGAAGAAUCGCGUACUCUUCUUUGGCAAAGAGGUUGCUGGUACUGCUGUGGGUCAUUGGGUGUACUGCACUGCAAAGGGCAAAGAGUGGAACUCCUAUGAGAAGGGUCACCAGAAAAGUGGCUCGCAUCAGUUUUGCCAGUCUUUUGCACAAAUUUACAUGCUUGCAGAUUUGGUCGGGGACAAGGAGUUUGGAAGCCCUAAAACCAGCGCACGGAAACUCUUGGCGAAUCUUCAAGAGGCGCAAAAUGCCAAGGAUUUCAAGUCCUAUGGUGCCAACGUGCGCGUAGUGGCCAUGUAUUGGUCUGCGGCCCUCACAGAACUGCAGCAGCAGUCGCAGUCGACCAAAUGGCAGGGACAAACGCCUGAGGAAUAUCUUUUAAAGGAACUCCAGGGCAUCAACCAGGAGUUGCGGGAGCACAACCUUCAGACCCGUCGCAAGACGGAGCACUUCAACUUGAUCGCGGAGAGGGAAGAAGACAUUUCGAUUGACCUGGUGAUCAGGAAGCUGGAGUUUAUCAGCAGAAACGCAGAAGAGAUUGCAGAACUUUUGAAGUUUCAGCAGUUCAAGUUGAUCAGCAUUGAUCCGCCCAAAGUUGGCUCCGUUUUUUGCGACGAGAAGCCGCUUUUUGCGGGUGAAACCACAGGCCAAGAUGCAUGUGAAGAGAGGUGUGACAGUCGCAAGGACUGUCUCUGGUACAGCUACUGGAAGACAGACGAUCAACGGCACUGGUGUCGCCUCACCAAACACUGUCGGACGUUGAGUGCAGAGUUUAACUACGAGGUCUUCGUCUACAAGAAGAAACACACCGAGUUGCAGGAGGCGGGGCUGCAAGGCGCGAUCAGUCCCAAGAUUCUUGGCGCCAAUGGGCGGCGCUGCAGCGCAUAUCCCGCCUGCGCUGCAGUGAACCUUACGAAGGGCAACUGCUGUCCCAACAACAAUCGUAUCAGUCUCGCCUGUUGCAAUGCCACAGUGGCAGAGGCAGUGGCAGCACUGAAGGAGGCGUCCCAGCCGAAGACGCUCUUUCCGACUUUGCCGCCCAUCGCCCUGAAUGGAAGUGGCUUUGCGAAGCAGGAGAAGUGCCCCUUCACGAAAUUAGGGCACGCCAAAGGUGCGUGCAGCUCAACAGACGUACAGCAAGUGAAACAUCGUGAAGCCAAUGGACCCACACUUUUUGACACCUUGGAGAUCACUUCCUCGGUACUCGCGAGUUUCGGUGCCGGUGAUUUUAUGAAGCCCAGGAAUCUGAGCCAGCGCAGCUUUCGGAUCGUGACCGAUGAUCCUUUCUAUAGCUCGCCUACCCUGGAUGGUGGAGCAACUGACGAGGAUUCCUUUGAGAUCCCGCCCCACUUGGAUGCGGCGGCUGAAGGCUUGGUAGUGCCCUGGUCUUCCACCACCUUUCAUGGCUUGAUCAUCCUGGAGGUGGAAUCUGGGCAGCUGAUCCGCUGUACGGUUGGCCCCAAGGAAAGUGAUGCUGGUCGCGACUGGUUGCGAUUGCAUAACAGCGAUUGGGCUCCAAUAGCAGAGGAUGAUUGGCUGGAGCUGGGCCCUCGUCAUUGGUUUGGAGCGAUUGGAAAUUCGGUACAACUACAGCUGACCUUCCAAGAGCCGACUUCGGCGAGUCCAGGUCAUUCACCCGAGGAGCUGUCAAGCGCAGAUGCGUUGGCUGCUUGCGUGUCUUUCAUGAGUGAGGCAGCCGCGCAGCUGCGCUCGGAGGGUGGUCCUCACAGCUGGUCAAGACCUUUGGUGCUUUUCAUGCCGCCAUUGAAGUUUAUGGUGCUGAAUGGUUCGGGUGGCCCAGACCGGAUCGAUGAUAUCGAUGUUGACGUCUUAGUAAGGGUGAAGGGAUAUUAUACCAGUAACUUUGCGGAGAACUGUGCUGAAGGGCCACCAGAGCCCAAGCUCAGAGAUGCCAGUCCACUCUAUGCAAGAAACAAGCAUAGUUUUCUGAUCGUGGGGAACAAGCCAAGGGAGCGGAAGAAGAGCGGGGAACUGAGCCUAUUGAGCGUGCUGCAGCUGCACGAAGAAGGGCUGCUGACCGGACAUGGAGGUGAAGAAGCCAUCGCACCAGAGGCUCCAGAGUUCAUCCACCCCGUAGAGGAGGUGACAAGCCUGGCUGGCAGUGAUGUGGAGACUCUCUCCGAAUUAUCGGAAGCGCCCACGGAGAAUGUCUCCAGAUGCGCAGGAGAAAUCCCAUCGCAGUCUAGGAAACCUGACAUGGCUCUGUUCUAUCCCUUGUUGCGCUUGAAGCAGCGGCAGAGUCGAUGUGCGACGUUCAAUCUCCUGAACAACUUGAUGGGAGCAGGAUUGCUGACCAUGCCCCGAGCCAUGGCCGAUGCCGGCCUGAUCUCAGGGCUGGCCUUGAUGGGCAUUUUGGCACUGGCCAAUCGCUACACGAUGCUUCAGGUUCUUUGGAUGAGUUUGGGAACUCAGUCCGCAGGGCUGGCCUUGAGUGUCUUGGCCGCCUAUUUGUUACUGACUUUGGGCAUUCUGUCCUCGUACCUCAUGGUCAUUGUGGCCUGGGCCUGGGACCUUCUGAAUCUGGCAAUUCCUGGCUACCGCUUGCUGCAUGCCAGGUCAAGCAUAGAUUGGCCCUCUGAGGUGUUGCUGGCAGCGUUGCUAUGUUUGCCGGGAGCAAUGUUGAGGUUUGGAAAAGCCAUGUUCGAACCCUUCUCAAGUGCAGAACACCUCACGUCGCUGAAACAGGUGGCCCUCGUGAGCGUCAUUUGCAUGUUAGGUGGUUUUGACCGCGGUGUCUGUGAGUCCCGAGAUGUGGACCUGUUCCGUGGAGACAUUGGACGAUUCUUCUCAGGUGCACAGCUGGAAAUCAGCUCUAGACGCGAUGCAAUUCUGGGAAAAGGUGCGGCCCUCUUUUCUCUCCAGUUCUCAGUGCAAGCCGGGGGGAUUGAGGUCCUAAGCCGACUGGAUUCGGAACAGGAGCGCCAGGAUCAACAGGAGCCUGCAGGUUCCAUGAACUCGUUGAUGGCAGCUGAAGCCAUCACUGAGGUUGCCUACACCAUUGCGUUGCUGCUGUCUGCGGUUCUUGGGACGGUGAAGCACCUAGCAACCAGUCCUGCGGCUUAUCUCCGCUUCGGGGACCGCGUGGCUGGCAAUGUCUUGCUGGACUUCAGCCCCAGCACUUCGGACUCUGGUGCCAGUCACGACUCCUUGCCCAAGGACCGCUGUGAAAAUGAUCGACGGGAUGGCGUUGAAAGAUCCGGAAAACUCAUUCCCAAGGCUCUGGCUUUUAUCUUGCCAUGCUCGUUUCUCAUUGAGCUUCGGCGUCGGCAGGAGAAGGAGUGCCUGGUGCUUGAACUCGCCGAGUUGUCAUGGUUCUCUUCAGCGAAUUGGCUGGAGCUCCUGCUGAUUGCAUUUGGCCGGGGAGCCAAGGUCCAAUCACCGAUAUGUCUGCGCAAGAAAGACAUCACUUGGCUCACCCCGCGGGUGUCCACUUCAUAUGCUCAGGGCGCAGUUGGUCACAGUGGGGAAGCCCGGCGAAAGAUGGCUGCAUGCCACUGCAAUCUGAGUCGAGUUAUGAAAAUGAAGUAA